CCUCUCAGGGCCGCGCGGGGCCCGGGAGGCGGCGGCGCGACGCCGCGAGGAGGAGGAGGAGGAGGAGGAGGCGGGGGUCCGUGAGGCCGGCCGGCGCAUGGAGGAGGAGGCCAUGAACGGCGACCGGACCGAGAGCGACUGGCAGGGGCUGGUGAGCGAGUACCUGGUGUGUAAGAGGAAGUUGGAGAGUAAGAAGGAAGCCCUGCUGAUCCUCUCCAAGGAGCUGGACUCCUGUCAGCAGGAGAGGGACCAGUACAAACUCAUGGCCAAUCAGCUCCGGGAGCGCCACCAGUCACUGAAGAAGAAGUACCGAGAACUGAUUGAUGGCGAUCCAUCACUUCCUCCUGAAAAAAGGAAACAGGCUAAUCUUGCACAACUGCUGAGAGAGUCUCAGGACCGAAAUAAACAUCUGGGAGAAGAAAUUAAAGAACUUCAGCAAAGGCUCGGAGAAGUCCAGGGUGACAACAAGCUCUUGAGGAUGACGAUUGCUAAACAGAGGCUUGGAGAUGAAGAAAUCGGCGUGCGACACUUUGCAGCCCAUGAGCGUGAAGACUUGGUUCAGCAGCUAGAGAGAGCUAAGGAACAGAUUGAGUCUCUGGAGCACGACCUGCAGGCUUCCGUGGACGAGCUUCAGGAUGUUAAGGAAGAACGGUCUUCCUACCAGGACAAAGUGGAGAGGCUCAACCAGGAGCUGAACCAUAUCCUGAGUGGGCACGAGAACCGUAUCAUUGACGUGGAUGCCCUGUGCAUGGAGAACAGGUACCUUCAAGAGAGAUUAAAGCAACUCCAUGAAGAGGUCAACCUCUUGAAAUCAAACAUUGCCAAAUACAAGAAUGCUCUCGAGAGACGGAAAAACUCGAAGGGCCAGGGUAAAUCCAGCAGCAGUGCUCUGACAGGAGUCCUGUCUGCAAAGCAAGUUCAGGAUCUGCUAUCUGAGGAUCAUGGAUGCAGCCUCCCAGCUACUCCGCAGUCCAUUUCUGACCUGAAAUCUCUGGCAACAGCCCUGUUGGAAACAAUCCACGAGAAAAACAUGGUCAUUCAGCACCAGCGGCAAACCAACAAAAUCCUAGGGAAUCGGGUGGCUGAGCUGGAAAAAAAGUUAAGAACUCUGGAAGUUUCUGGUUUGUGGAGUCUUCCAGGCCUGAGCUACAAUGUUUCAGUAGGAUUUGGGAGAAGCAAGGACACCAUACUAUUCAGUGACCCCACUCUUCCUAGUGGACAGAGGUCAAGAUCCCCACUGCUGAAGUUUGUUGAGCAGCCCUCUGAGAACAGAGUGGACCCCAAAGAUGGGGAGGCUCAGAGGCAAGAAGGAGAUGAAAGUUGUGCUGCUGCUGAGGCGUUGACAGCGCCUGAGGAUGCUGGGAGGCCCACUGUCAACUCCCCACCAAAUCAGAGCUGCGGGGACCAGAGCAAGCUCUUUCAUUCUCCGUUACCCCAGUUACCUUCUGAGGAAGAAGUAAACAGCCUUGGAAGGGAAAUAAUUAAACUGACAAAGGAACAGGCAGCUGCAGAGCUGGAAGAGGUCAGAAGAGAGAGUCCCAUAGAGGGUCAGAGGAGUGAGACGGGGCCCGCCCCGCAGGGCCUGGCCGCCCCCGGGGAGCUCACCACAUCUCACCUGGACUCCUUCGAGGCCAGCCAGCCAGCAGCCGAAGCUCCCGCACUGGAAGAUGGCGAAGGGGUCCCAGAGGGCACAGGCACGAGGAGCACCGUGAAAACCUGAAGGGGAGAGGGAUCUGACGCAGUGACACACUGAAAGCCCCAGAGAGGGUCAAGAAGGAAGCAUCAGAACGGCGUGCCCACGUCGCCUUCUGAAACACCUCCGACUCUGCAAGUGAGAAAACGCUCCGAUCCUGUUGCAAACUAUGAAUAUUCAGAUGAUGCCGGUACAGUUUGAUUUAUUAAACGGAGGUCCU